UCCCCAGAAAGCUUCGGGCCGCCCCUGACCAUCAAACGGGAUUAAAAUCACUGGCACCAGCAGCAGAUGACUGGAUGCUGCGUUUAUUCCCGACGCCUGCACAGCUUCGAACAAAGCCGCCAGUGACACCGACGGAGCCGGCGUCUCCCCGCGGGCUCGUCCCUAACCUUCUCCCGCUUGGAGCCGCUGAUGGGCUGCGGGACAGACGAGCACUGGACUCGGUGUCAUCCCGCAGCCCGCUCGGGCUCUCUGGCCUCACUGCGUUGGCGGGCUAACAGAGUCCUCGUCUCGGCAUGCUAAAGGAUUCCACGAACAACAAACGCGAGGCUUCUCUCGGCUCCGGGGGAGCAAUGAGAAAGGAAGAGCGGCGGCGGAUCGAAGACGAGCAGGAGAUGCUUCACGCGGCGUCCGCUGCGGGGAAAGAGGAGAUCGGUAAUGCUACUCGAGGACAAUACCACACGUAAACCAUGUCUGAAUGGUGAAGAAGCCCCAGUCUGCGCUACCACGAGCACGGGGAUCUAAUGGUUACCGGCACGAGCUUCUGGGGGGGUUGACAUGACAUGCACAAGAAAAAAGAGGAAACGCAAUCGGGGGUUCUUUAACAGCUUUGUUAUUUAGGGGGAGUCUGCAACAGGCUUCCCGAAGCACCUUUUGCAAAGAUUUGCAGCCCCGAUCCUGUUGCCAACACCCCUCAGGGGUUCCUGCCUUGCUUCUAUAGAUUCCUCCGUGGGAAGGACCGGGUGGAUCGCUUGAGCCCACAUUAAAUGAGGACUGCAACAGACGGCCCGCCUGCCACAGUGUUGAGGACAAGCAGCCCACAGCCGGAGGUGAGAGAGCAUCGUAUAUCUACGAAGGGACCCUUUUCGAAAUGGGGCGAUAUGGAUGGAGGUUUCCCUAUUCCUUGUGAACUGCAGAAAGGAGGCAACCACGAGGACGGCGAAAGGACCAGCAGGCGGAGGAGGUGGUGGAGAAGUGGUGGCUUUGGUGUUUGACAAAAAGCUGAUAUGGGUGGGGGGGCAUUCGAAAUGGCUAAUAGAAACGAGAGCGGCGAAGGGCCAGCCGGACCCAUAGCAGCGGUGGUGGCUACGGCAGGAGGUAUGGCAGCGGAGAGCCCGUCCCCGGCUGUCUCUACCUAUAUCAAACUGGUGCUGCUGGGGCUGAUCAUCUGCAUCAGCGUGGUGGGCAACCUGCUGGUGUCUCUGCUCGUACUGCGGGACCGGGCCCUGCACAAAGCACCUUACUACUUCCUGCUUGACCUGUGCCUGGCCGACACCAUUCGCUCAGCCAUCUGCUUCCCCUUUGUGCUGGUAUCUAUAAAGAAUGGCUCUGCCUGGACCUACAGCGUGCUGAGCUGCAAAGUGGUGGCCUUCAUGGCGGUGCUUUUCUGCUUCCAUGCCGCCUUCGUGCUGUUCUGCAUCAGUGUAACACGCUACAUGGCCAUUGCACACCACCGCUUUUACUCGAAGCGCAUGACGUUCUGGACAUGUGUAGCGGUGGUGUGCAUGGUGUGGACCCUGUCGGUGGCAAUGGCUUUCCCGCCGGUUUUCGAUGUGGGCACCUACAAAUUCAUUCGCGAGGAGGACCAGUGUAUUUUUGAGCAUCGCUACUUCAAGGCUAACGAUACCCUGGGCUUCAUGCUAAUGCUGGCUGUGCUCAUUCUAGCCACACACGUUGUCUACAUGAAGUUACUCCUUUUUGAGUACAAGCACCGUAAGAUGAAGCCAGUCCAGAUGGUGCCGGCCAUCAGUCAGAACUGGACCUUCCACGGGCCGGGGGCUACGGGCCAAGCAGCAGCAAACUGGAUUGCGGGCUUUGGCAGGGGCCCGAUGCCCCCGACUCUGCUGGGAAUACGGCAGAACUCGCACAACCAGAACCGUCGCCUGUUGGGCAUGGAGGAGUUUAAAACGGAGAAGCAGCUUGGCAGGAUGUUCUACGUGAUCACCUUGCUGUUCCUGGUGCUCUGGUCUCCCUACAUAGUGGCUUGCUAUUGGAGGGUUUUUGUCAAGGCUUGCACAAUACCUCACCGGUACCUUUCCACCACCGUGUGGAUGAGUUUUGCCCAAGCCGGGGUCAACCCUAUUGUCUGUUUCUUCCUUAACAAAGACUUGAAGAAAGGGCUCCUUUCACACCUACCAGCCUGCUGCAGGACUAAACCUAAUUUGCCACGCGAGCCUUAUUGUGUCAUGUAAGCAGAGAUGAUGUUCAAAACACGGGCUAUCAACUGAUAUUAUGGGAGUUUCAGCCUCAGUAAAUGUGACGUUUGAUUUGACACAAGGUAAUUUUAAGAAGCGGUGCAAACUAAUGAGGGUCAUGGUUAGAACACUGGAAUGGUAAGCAUGCAUUUCCAUCUACCAACCCAUUUUCACUCCAAAAGCAUACAUAAUAACUAGAGAAAAAUACUUAAAUUGCAACACAUGCAAGUGAUAAUGCAGUAAUUGUGGAAACCAAGCCAGACAAAGAACAAAAUGACAUGAAAUGUUUCAUAAAGAAUGCCAAAAUGGCCAAUUACAAAAGUCUCUGAUUGACACAAAGGAUAUUUGAGUUGGUUUGGUGACAAAGAGAUUCCUAGCGACAAAGCAGCAACUGUAUUCUACAUUUCCCCGGUGUGCUGUAUUAGUUAGCAAAGGCAGAUGACGACAGGAGGACAGGAGGGGCUUGUUGUUUUCGCUCACUUGUGCAACAGAAAAUACUACAAGGACUUAAGUUGAGGCUUGGAAUACACCUUGAUACAAAACCUUAUUUCCUAAUGCUGUGUUCACACCAAAAGCAGAGCGAAUUAUUCUAUGCAAAGUCAACGCACAGAAGUGAAUGGUAGCAGAUUUUUCAACGGACUGCGUGGAGGAUGCGAAAGUCAAUCGCCGUUGAGAUGCUCCGCUCGUCAUCACCGCCGACCUGCUGCCAAAGCGUGAAUACACUUUAUGAAAGUGCCGCUCCCGGAGACAGACAGACUGGCUCUCCACAGCUGAGAUUGAACGCCCUUAAGUUAGUUGGUGUUUGACAUUUGUGUAAUUUCCGCAACAACUACGGAGCAGAAAUAUUUUUUAUUUCCAUGGUGGAUAGCGGAAAUGAUAACGGUCAUUACAAGCUACGCCCCCCUUUUGGCAGCGAAUGAAAGCAAAUUAACUAGUCGGAUGAGUAAAGCAAGGCGAAAAUUUCCUUUGCUUUUGGUGUGAACGCAUUAGAAUGCGCACUGAGGAAAAGUCAGAAGUAACAGAAGUAACACUACUUAAAAAGUGAAAAGAGCUGUGGGCAAUGAGAACUGCAGCCAGCACCACUGGUUGAAGGACAGUUUCUUUCAACAUUAGGUAUUAAGAGAUCUAAUACCAAUAUACAACCAGAACACAGGCCAGACUGAUAUAGAACCUCACACAGAGUUUUGAAGAUAUGAGGAUAUCUACUGCUAUAUUUUAGCACAAACCUAAAAAUUGAUAGUUGUCUAUCUCUAAGAGAAGAACCGUAGCUUGAAUUGGAGUUCAGGUUAAAGAAAGUGACAUGGCACAAGGAUUGUAAUUUGUCAGUGAAUGUGUGAAAGCAUGACGCAGUCCUUAAGCUUUAUACAGAAAUUGUGUUUGGAGGUUUGAGAUACCUCUUUGUCUCACACUGACACACCAGACAACCGUUAAUCUCGUUUUUAUUUCCAGAAUUAUGGCCUUACUUCAUAAAAACAUCCAACCAAUGCAACAAAGCGUAGACACACGUUUCUUCUGUAUGCACUGAAGUCAUCCAAGGAGAAACAGAGCACUGUGUACACUAGUGACAUUUGGAAGACGUGUUGGUCUUCCCAUUCAAACCUGGAGUUACUGCGGUCAUGGACAGAUGAUAUUAAACAGGGAUGGAGGCGAAUAUUCAAAGUAGUAGAAGUGGAGCCCGUUCUGGAGGGUUUUUUUUCUCCUCUUGGACAUCAACCUGAGGGAGGAAGAAACGACUGGUCUUUCCAUUUUCAUUUCUGAGACUAAGCCAGAGAAGCGUGUGGAUGAUGCUGGACAGGCCUGACAGUGCUUUUUAGUUGCCUAAGCCAGAUUCUCUUUUGUAAAUGUACUGUGACCUCUGUAAUAUUUAGUGUGUAUUAUAUUGACAGCGAACCAACUUUGAAAUGCAACCGAAAAGGUUCCUGUGUGUGUGUGUGUGUGUGUGUGUUUCUAUUGGCAGGUAUGACUGUGAAUAUGAGCUAGAUGGUGUACAUGGAUGAUACAGGAACAUGAGAGGGAAUUACUUAUUUAGAAACAUUCAUUCUGAAGAUAUAAUUCCAGCAAAUGUUUCCUCAGUAUUUCUCAUGUGGACACAAGGACCUGAAUGUGUUUCCAAACCAAUGAAGUUUACUCAAAGUCCCCUUUGUAAAACGUGUAAUAGAUUAAUAUUAAUUGGAUUGUUUUGUGCAAAUUUAGGGAUAAUGGUGGUAAAAGAGCUUGCGAUACAGUCAGGCCAAAUAUGAUUGCAUAGAAUCUUUCUGAAUGUUUCAUGGGAGAGUUGAUGAGACCUACUAGCUAUAAUUUUCAUGACGAUAAAUAACCAAGAAUUGUACAUUUAAAACACUUUCUAAUCAAAUCACCACUGAACAGUAUUUUUCUUUAAACGAUGACAGCUAAUUAUUCUCUUUGGGUCUUCUUCAUCAGUGACGCGAACACUGAAAUCUGUGAACGCAUUGACGCAGUCACAUGAUCAGGCAUCUAAGAAGUAACCAACAAUAGUGAGUAAAUAUCCAAACCCAAAUUCUAAUCAACUGGUAUUAUCAUUUAAUCCUAACAUUUGGCCUGGUCACUUCAGUAAGAAGAGCCGCUACACAAGCUAAAGUUCACCAAUGUUCAAUCUGGUAGGAAAGAAUAGAAUGUGGUGGGACUAGGCUAAAGCUGUAAAUGUGCCAAAAAACAGACUGACAAGUGAAUGUCCAAACCAGUUUUUGUUACUGUUCCAGAAAAAAUAAAUCUCAAUAAGAUGUCUCAGCAGCUUUAGACAGCAUUUCUUUGGAAAUGACUAAAUAAAACAAUGUGAUAGAGAGAGUGGGCCAAGCUUACAAAUGAUCCGCAAAAUGCUUCUUUUUUACUUUAAAGUAAAACACAAAAUGUAGAAGGUUAACCUCAUCUCAGCGCAACCUGAAGCCACUAUCAUACAGAAAAAAGCCAGAAGGUUUGACGUAUGUGAAAGGAAUUUCUGACCAGCCGAUCAUAGAGGCAAGUCAGACGCUGCGGUUUCAGUUUGUUCUGUAUUAUUAAAAAAGAAAAGUUGAGCUAUUACGCAUGUCUCUGGCGAUUGUUAUUAUGAGUUUCAAUGUUGAUUUUGUAAUGAAAAUAAAUUUCAUUUGAAAUGA